AUGUGUGACUUCGAUUCUGACGCUCGGCUAUGGGUUUUCGGUGCUCUAGUAUAUGGCCGCCUGCCAUGUGUUUCCAUUCUACUACGUGAUGAAGUUGGCCGUGGGCCAAAGGGUCAAUGCGCUGGCGUCAUCAAAUUCAUCGGCAAGACGAGUUUUGCCCCGGGGCAAUGGAUCGGGAUACAACUCGACGAUGAUUGCGGUCGGCACAACGGCACUGUUUUGGGGGUGCGCUACUUCAGCGCCAGGCCUGGGCGCGGAAUUUUUAUCAAGCCCGAGAAUGCCGCCCUCGACGUGCCCGUCACUACCCAGCCGCCGCUCCUCCUUCCGAAUGAGGUUGCGCCCGAGAAGGAUGCCGAACCGGACGAGAAGCUGCUCGACGUUCCUCUCACCACCCAGCCGCCGCUCCUCCUUCCGAAUGAGGUUGCGCCCGAGAAGGAUGCCGAACCGGACGAGAAGGUCUUGUUCCCGGAGGCCCAGGCCCUCGAUGUGCCCGUCGCAGGUCUUGGCGACGCACACCACAUCACGUUCGGCCUGUACGCGGGAUCGGCGGUGCCCCUGGAACGCAUCGUCGGCGCCUAUGAGCUAUUGUCGCAGACGCGCGUGCUCGUUUCCAAGACGGUGGAAGUUGAGGUGAAGCGCUAUGGGCGCCUUCCCGCCGCACAACUGACACUCAGCCGG